AUGUAUCAAUUGUUGGUCAUCACUGAAAACGACGAUUCAAUCCCUCAUAAAACCAGUCCUAAGACUACCGGCAAAACAGUAUCCAAAGGGAAAGUGAUUGCUCGCAAAAUCAGUCCUAAAAGAGACCGAAAAUCAGUAUCGAGUGAUUCCGAGAGUGACAGUCAAUCGGGCGAUGAUUACUGUAACGAUUCCAGUGAUGAUAACUCUAAGCCUGAGGACACGUUUGCCGAGCAUUAUCUGCAAUCGAUAGCCAAACUGAAGCGACCGACGGGAGGAAAGUUCGUGUGCGAUGUCGAGGGCUGUGAGAAGUCAUAUAAAUACGAACAAUCGCUUCGUUUUCACCGAAUGGUUCAUUUCGGGCAACGGGUCUACUGUUCCCACGAAGACUGCAAUCGACACUUCGCGACGAUGUCCUCAUACUUUCAGCACAAGAAAGAGGGCCGACACGUGUUGGGCGGCCGACCCUAUGUGUGCGGUAUUAAGAGUUGCGUUUACGAGACACCCCUUAAGAACGAGUUGGAGUCACAUAUCAUGUCCAUUCAUCCCUACAUCAACUGGUCGACCAAAUCGAUUGUUUGCGAUGUAUGCGGCCAACAGUUCAUUCGGGACGAGUUGUUGGCGAUACACGUGCGCGAAGAGCACACAAACAAACACGGAUUCAAAUGCGAUGAAUGCGAGCGUUUGUACGCAUCUGCGAAAGGACUACAAGUGCAUCAGCAGAACAACACGUGUCGUAUAUUCCGGUGCCAUUGGCCGGGAUGUGAGUUCCGGACGCCCUAUAAAAUGGUUUUGUAUCGCACGCACGCUAUCACUCAUUUAGAGGAUCAACAGAAGGCCAAAGAGGACACUAACGCGUCCGUCGACGCAUCGGAUCCCACGAAACGCAUCUAUCGGUGCGAUGUUGAGGGCUGUGACCGCGUAUACGAUGAGCGAAGUGAUCUCAGAGCACAUAAAGCACAAAAUCACAGCAGAUUAUAUCCAAAUCGGAUUAAUCAAAUUGAUGGCAAAACCAGUUCUAAAACAGACAGAAAAUCAGUGUCCAAACGGAAAGACACUGUAAAACAUGAGCCGCGAAACACUGAUAUUGGUGUCCAAGAAGUAGGUCUUGAAUGUGAUGUCAAUUUGGUAGCGAAUGAAGUGGUAAUCGACGGAACUGUUGAAAGUGAAGGCAAUGUAAACCUUGUUAUCGAUGAAAAUCGAAUCGAUUGUAAUUUGAAGACAAGAACUGAGGACAACAAAAGUGAUUGUGAAAGAAGUGGUGACCAAUCGGGCGACGAUUACUGUAACGAUUCCAGUGAUAACUCUCAGUCAAAGGAUACGUUUGCCGAGCAUUACUUGCAAUCGAUAGCCAAACUGAAGCCGCCACCGCCGAGAGGACAGUACGCGUGCGAUGUCGAGAGCUGUGAGAAGUCAUAUCAGUCUAAAGAGUCGCUCCGUUUUCACCGAAUGAAACACUUUGGCAAACGAUUCUACUGUCCUUUCGAUGAUUGCAAUCAACACUUCGGCACUCAAGACGUAUUACGUCAACACAAGAAAAAGGGCCGACACGUGUUGGGCGGCCGACCCUAUGUGUGCGGUAUUAAGAGUUGCGUUUACGAGACACCCCUUAAGGACGAGUUGGAGUCGCAUAUUAUGACUACUCAUCCCAACGUUCACUUGUCCAUCAAAUCGAUCGCUUGCGAUGAAUGCGGCCAACAGUUCAUUCGGGACGAGUUGUUGGCGAUACACGUGCGCGAAGAGCACACUAACAAACACGGAUUCAAAUGUAAACGAUGCGAACGCUCUUUCAAGACAUCGCAGGGACUGCAAAGGCAUCGGGAGAACAAGAAGUGUCGCAUAUUCCGGUGCCAUUGGCCGGGAUGUCAGUUCCGGACGCCCUAUAAAAUGAUUUUGUAUCGCACGCACGCUAUCACUCACUCAACGGUUCAACAGAUGGCUAAUAAGGGCAACAGUGAAUCGGUCGCCGACUUCCAACACCAGAAGCGUCUUUAUCGUUGCGGUGUUGAGGGCUGUGACAGCGUAUUCGAUACGCAAAGUCGUCUCAGCUCUCACAAUGCAUACCAUCACAGCACUAGAUAUCAGUGCCAUUGGCCCGGAUGUGACUUCAGGGCUGGACACAUGUGUAAGAUUAAAGAGCACGUGGAGGUGAAGCACACCGGGCACCGGCCGUUCGCGUGCACUCUCGACGGCUGCCAAUUCAGUACUCGCCAAAAGUUACAGCUGGAGCUGCAUAAGUAUCGCAAACAUCCCGACCACUUCCCAGACAUGCCGUGGUUUAAAUGCGAUGAAACCUACUGCGAGUAUCGCACGAAAUGCAAGUAUAGGAUCGCCACUCACACCAAAGGUCACACCAAACCCUUCGUGUGCGACAUUUGUGGCAAAGGGUUUCAAUCAAAGCUUCACUUAAAUACGCACAGACGCGCCCACACGGAGACCAUACGGUGCUCGUGGCCCGGGUGUGAGACAGUGGUGGCCAGUGAGGACACUAUGAGGGAUCACUAUAACACACAUACAAAGGCUAUAGUAUACGAGUGUCUGUGGCCCGGAUGUGAGAAGACAUUCCUUCAGCGCACGUCUUAUGUUCAUCACAAACGCACCCAUAAUAAGGACAGUCGUCCGCGCCAUCGAUGCCAUUGGCCUGAAUGUGAUUACGAGACCUUUAAUCGGGAGUUACUUAAGAGACAUAUCGAUACACAUAACGGCGUGGAGACAGUCGCCAAGAAGAGGACCAGAAGUGCACCGAAACGAAGCAAAAGAGCUAAAAAGUGCCAAAAUGAGCCCACAUAUUGUCUUUGCCAUCAGGUGUCGUACGGAGAGAUGUUAGUCCACAAACGGCUUCAACCGAUUGUCAUAUUCAGAGACAAUUACGGCUUAAUCGCCGAGAGUUGGCCUAAAUUAUAG